CUUUAAAUAACCCCAAAUAAUAUUUUGCUUCCUCCCCAAGAACCUUUUUGCCUCUUUCUACUUCCGUCGGCCGGAUUCAGAGUCAUAAAUAAAUAUAUAAAAAAAAGUUUCGAUUUUUGCUUUUCUUCUUCGAUUCAUUGCGCGAAUCAUCCGUGAUGUUGGUGUCUAGGGUUUUAUCAAGAGUUUCUCGCAGCGCAGGCUUACGCUCGUCUUUCUCCUCCGUCGUUACUCCGAAGAGGAAUCAGAUUCCGAUUGUUGCAAGCCGAUUUCACUCCCUCGUUCACGGAACCCCCAACAAGCUUGUUGCAGUUCCAGUGUCGCUCCGAAACCAUGGAACUCUAGAUUUGAAUGUUCUUCAAAGGUUCGGCUUUUUUUCCUCUUCCUCAGCUGAACCGAAGGGAAAUGAGAGUAACACCGAAGUACCAAAGACCGGCGAAACUUCUGAGAAUGUGGAGGUGGGGAAAGCUACAGAUGCAGAGAUUGACUUCGACGAUUUGUCAAGAGACGAUUUAGUGAAGCUUGUGAGUGAGAAGGAAGAUCUUUUGAAGGUUCAGCAGAAAGACAUAAUGGAAAUGAAAGAUAAAUUUCUUCGCACUUAUGCUGAGCAGCAGAAUCUUAUGGACAGGACUAACCGUAAUGCUGAAAGCGCCAAAAAGUUCGCUGUACAGAACUUUGCAACGAGCCUUUUGGAUGUGGCGGAUAAUCUUGAAAGAGCUUCUUCUGUUGUCAAAGAGAGUUUUUCGAAGAUCGACACUUCAAAAGAUUUGGCUGGUGCUACUCCACUGUUAAAAAACCUAUUAGAAGGAGUGGAGAUGACUGAGAAACAAUUAGCUGAGGUGUUUAGAAAAGCUGGUUUGGUGAAAGAAGAUCCUUUAAAUGAACCGUUUAAUCCAAACAGACAUAACGCAGUGUUCCAAGUCCCAGAUGCUUCCAAGCCAAAAGGCACAAUUGCUCAUGUCCUAAAGUCUGGAUACUCAUUGUACGAUCGAGUUAUAAGGCCAGCUGAGGUUGGUGUUACUUGCGCCGUGGAGAAUCAAGAAGGCGGCAAAGAGUCUGCAGCUUGAAAUACUUAAAACAUCGAGAGUUAAGCUUUUGUUUUUAACAUCUUCAUGAGUUCUUUUUUUAGUUAAUAGUUCUCUUUCUUUGCAUAUUCAUUGGAGGAACAAGAUUCCCAUAAGGUAGCAUGACUAUGCUCUGUACUUCCAGGGAAGCCCUGGUUCUGUAACUUUUACACAAAUUCAUAAGCCAAAGCCAAACUCUUGGUAAAAGCUUCAAAUCUUACAUUUAUAUAACUUCUUCCU